CAAUAGGAUGUUAUUGUAUCCGAUCCACGAGGAUUAUGUAAAGAGGCUGGACAGGGAUCUGAUGCUAUUCCUUUUUUUUCUCCAGCCCUUGAUUCCGUAGACCAUCGUUGCCGCCCUCUCCAAUAAGGCUCCGUUACCGCAUGUUUUUCGACCUAUCCGGUCAGGUUAGACGUGCGCAAAUCAAGAAUUCCGUAAUUGCCUCGUUGUUUUCAAUCUAGGACAGAGAAUAUUUCGAUUAGAUCGUAAGGAAACGACGCUAGCCAUGACCAAAAAAUCCUCUUCCAUGCACCGAGUCCCCUCGUCCGGGGCCGUCGAGCAUGGCUAUCCGAGUGGACAUCUUGGCCAUCUCACAGAGCACGAAGAGCACGCUCUAGUAGAAUUUAAAGAUCUUCUAGAGAAGAAAGGGUUAUAUAAGCCGGGCGAUCCGCCAUCUCAUGAUGAUCCCACGCUUCUCCGAUACCUUCGAGCGCGAAAAUGGAUUCCCGAAGACGCAUACGGGCAAUUCAACGAAACAGAGAAGUUCCGUAACGCAAACCAGAUCGAUGUGCUCUACGACACCAUCGAUAUUGAGUCGUUCGAGGCGACCAGAAGACUUUAUCCUCGAUUCACGGGACGACGCGAUAAGCGAGGCAUCCCGAUUUACGUAUUCCAGAUCCGACAUCUAGACUCCCACGUUGUAGCCAAAUAUGAGAAGUCCACCGAGACGACGUACAGUAGGGCCAAGACGGAUGGCAAGACGCCUCCCAAACUGCUCCGACUUUUCGCGUUAUACGAGCAUUUGACCAGAUUCGUACAACCGUUAUCGUCUGAGUGUACCGACCGCCCGCAUCCCGACACCCCAAUUACGCUCAGUACCAACAUCGUCGACAUUUCCCACGUUAGCCUACGUAUGUUCUGGAACUUGAAAGCCCACAUGCAGGCUGCGAGCCAACUUGCGACCGCGCAUUAUCCCGAGACUCUUGAUCGCAUAUUCAUUAUCGGAGCACCGAUGUUCUUCUCAACCGUCUGGGGCUGGAUCAAGCGCUGGUUCGACCCAGUGACAGUAUCCAAGAUUUUUAUCCUUUCGGACCACGACGUCAUACCCGUUUUAACAACUUUUAUGGAUAUCAAGGACAUCCCCAAACAUUACGGCGGUGAGUUAGAGUGGGACUUCUUCGACGAGCCUGCUUGGGGCGACGAGAUCAAGCGAAUAUGCCAGUGGGAGAAUGGCUACACCACUUUCCCCACAGGUCCGAUGUAUUGGCGUCCUAUCGAUGGCGGCAAGCGAGUUGAAUGCUUUGCGGUCGGUAGCAAUGGCGAGACGGACAGGAGAGAACGUGUCUGUACCAUCACAAAAGCAUACCCUCCCAAGUCCGCCGCGGACACCGCCGCUUCCGCAGAGGCAUCGCAAACCGACGGCGCAACGGAAGGUGAGGAGAGUUUCGUGUCGCCAACCUCUGAGAAAACUGCUCUAAACGGUGAAGUUCCAACGGCAAACAUCGCGGCUUUGUCAGUGUCCGAGUGAAAUUAAUGUGGGAUGUAAUAACGACUUCCUCGAGAUCGAACUUGAAAGACCCAUUGCAAAGUUUGGAAUAGAACCGCUGAAGAUAGAUACAAAUACGGGCAUAUAUAUGAUACACAUAUAUUACGCCGGCUAUGCCAGCGUUCUGGGGGUUAUUUUAACUUUUGUAUCAUCUUCUCUUUAGGGUAUAUUGGCGCAUAAUCAUGGGAAUAUGGGGUGCUGUUUAUUCUGGCAUAAAUAGGAUAGAUCUUUUUCUAACGCACGGAGUGAAUAUAACGACCUGAACUCCUAA